AUGGCCGAAGCCGCGCCUCCUACUGGCAUGGGGAACCGCCAACUUCGAGAGUGGAUCCAGGAAUGGGGCAGCGCCUGGGAUUUCCUUGGUGUUCCACCUGGGAGCUCGAUGAGCGAUGUGCUUCGGGCAUACAAGCGCACCGCUGUUCGACUGCACCCAGACAAAAGCCCACCGGCGGAAGUGGAGAUGGCCACGGUUCGCACGCAGGCCCUCGGCAACGCCAAGGAGAUCCUCCUCAACCCGGGCCUGCGCAUUCUCCAUGACAGCAUCCUGGGCCUUGGUGUUGGAACUGGGGGCGCCACCGCCAAAGGCCCCUCCGCAGAGUUCGAGCUCCUCGGCACCGCCACCUUCUGGCAGAGGCAAAGGGGAUGCGCCACCACCGUCUGGCCGAGGAUAUGGUCCGAGUUCCUCGUCAAAGGCAAGGACAAGGGACGCUGGGGUCCCCCCUUCUGCGACACGAGCAGCGAUGAGUUGCCCAGCGACGGUUCAGACACGGAAUCCUCCGGAGGUGGAGGCACGAGCGCCGACCAAGCGAGCAUAAGGGACCUCUUUAUGGGUACCACCGGCAGCAGAAAGGCGCUGCUAAGGCUAAGGGCUCCCAUGGUGACUACCGCCCCGAACAUUCCGCAGGAGGAAAAGGCUCCAAGGGAGACGAAGAACCUUCCAGUGGAUCUCAAGCUGGUGGCUAUGGAGGAACUGGAGAAGCUCCUUCUGGACCCCAACCUGGCUCAUCAUCGGCUGGCGCUCCGCGUCGCGCAAAUCCUGGGCGCGAACAAAGAAGGCUCCACCGCCUCCUCCUUCGUCGAGUUCGAGCGGAGCUGGCCCUGGACCUGCACCUUCCUACGGAGGAGCUUACAAGGCCCCGCCAAAAGCACGGCCGAGCAGCCCAUCCUCAGCACCUCCGCCAAAGAAGGCCGCACCGGCCCCAAAGCCGCGCCACCGCCCUCCACCUUCAACAACAUGAUGUGGUGGAUUUGUGGAGGAUGCGGGGAACCCAAUGGACUCCACCGUUAUGGGUGCAAUGGGUAUGGAUCUCUCAUCAACAAUGGCCCGUCCCCAGACGACUUGUUGGUGCACCCGAGGGCAUCUACAACCACUGUCGUACUCAAUCGGAAGUACAUCCAGAACCUCAAGGUGAUCUACCGCCACUGGGAAAUGAAGGGCCACCACGCCCGGGCCGCACCGCCCUGCCUUGCAUUUAUGCGGAGCUGUGUGGUUUCCGACGACGAGGAGGAGGAAGACGAUGUCGCUCUGAAUGAAGCCGAGCUCGAGGAGGUGGCUCGAUUGGAACGGGAAUGCUCAGAGCUGGAGCAGAGGAUGAGAGGCCUCAACGCCGGCCAACAACGGGCGCUCCUGGAGAACCUCGCGAGCAGCUCGAGUGCGGUGAUGGGAGGACUUUUGGCCGACACCAUCAGGCGCACCGCCCAACUCCGAGGUCAGAAGGGCAAGGGAGGGUCUAGCAAUGUCAAGGUGAGAGCGACCAACGACACUGCUCGGAACGACCCGAAGUACGUCGAGGACCUAGAAGCCGGGGUGACUCUGGCAGUGGCAUUGCAUUCCAACGCCACCGAUCACGACUUCGAGCUGUGCAGCACCAAGUGGUCGUUACCGCCCAUGAUGAGCCUUGGCCGGUCCCACCGCCUCUACCUCCUCAAUAGACUGGAGAGGUUGGAGAGACAAGGAGUGACCUGGACUCAGGAAGAGGUGGGGGAGUGCUAUACCAUGGACCAAUUCCUCGAUUACUUGGAGGCAAGAGUCCGAGCAGAUGCGGAAAGGUUGUGGGUUCGGCCUCAAAAUCUGCAGGCGCUCCACCACCAACAGGUGUACCACCUCAACAGGACGCCCCAACGAGUACCUCGACGGGAAGCUCUUCUUCGCCAUCCGGUACAACCGCUGCCGGGCGGCCAGACCUUCCCCCGCCUCAUGCUGAUCAACCAGAAGCUCGCGAAGCCGGGCGGCCAGUGCCCCCUGAUCAAGGUGACGAUCAGCCGGAAGGUCACACCUCAGCCCCUUCUACAACGCCUGAGGGAGGGAAUGUCGCAGGCGAUACCGCCCCAACAAGGACCGAUUUGCCUGCUGACGAUUCGGCAAGAAGGUCCGCUGUGGACGGAUUUCGUCUUUGAAGCUCUUCAAGAGCUCACCGGGCGUAUAAGCCCUGUGCACAGGCAAAGCCUCAGACAGAGGACGAUGACGGAUGGGCACUGCUUCGAAAGCCCCGUGAAGCAACGGGCAGUCGCAGAUGCUGAGGAAGUGAAUGAAUCGCUCUUUUCGGACGAGCUGCUUCUUGUGAUCGAAGAAAUCAUCAUCCAGAAUCCAGUUUAUCUCUUGCUCCACUCUGCUGCGACACCAUGCCGACAUUUUGGACAAGGGACCCAUUACUUCUAA